CGUUGUUUUAACGACUCAAAUCGUUAAAUAUGUACAGAAGUGCAAUUCACAAAGGUUUUUUAGACAGUUAACGAUCGCUAAGCAAUCGUUAAAUAAGCACCUCCCUGAGGGUGUCGUUAUGACAUUUCCCAGGCGAUAUUUCAUUUGUUGAGAGGAAUUUUUUGGCGGUUCAGGCUUGUAGUCAAUUUUGUUAGGAGUUUUGUGCAAGAUGGAACCAUUUGGAUGUGCUCUAUUUGAACUGAAACUGAUCCAGAGGCGAAGAAGGACACGUCAGAAUGUCGUUCAGAUAGAGAAACGUGUAUUCCGUUCACGUACCUUUUUGGAUCAAUUUACUGAAACCCAGGUGAUAGCCAAAUUCAGAUUAUCCUCUCCCAUGAUACAUUCCCUGUAUGAUGAAAUACACUUGGCCCUAGAAACACGCACGCGGAGAAGUAAUGCAGUACCAGGUCUUGUGCGUUUUUUGGCAGUACUUCAUUUUUUAGGAAAGGCCUCAUACCAACAUGUCAGUGGUGAGAUUGUUGGCAUCUCACAACCCAGUUUUUCCCACUGCUUGGUGGAGGUCCUGCAAGCACUGCGACAACUUGCUCCAAAAUACAUACACAUGGGCAAGUCACGUGAAGAGCGGGAUCAAAUUAAACGUGCCAUUAUGUCCCCCAUCAGAACAGGAGCACAUCUACCGAAACCGUAAGGCUUACCAUUCACUCAACAUCCAGGUGAUCUGUGAUUCAAACCUCAUAAUCCGUGAUGUUGUCACCGGCUUUCCAGGAUCCUGUCAUGAUGCCCAUAUAUUGCGCCAAUCGGGAAUAUAUGAUACUCUGGACAAGGACUUAGAAAAUAAUGGAUGGCUGCUGGGAGAUGCUGGUUACCCCUGUCUACCAUGGCUCUUAACACCUAUCAACAGGCCAUCCUCUCCUGCAGAAGCAGCUUACAAUGUUGCUCAUACCAAAACACGAGUGGUUAUCGAAAGAUGCUUUGGUGUCCUAAAGAGCCGUUUCCGUUGCAUGUCCUUGUCUGGUGGAUUCCUUCAGUAUUCCCCCAGUAAGGUUGCUGAUAUGUUCCUAGCAUGCAGCAUUCUCCAUAACAUUGCAAGGCAUGGAGGACUAGAAGAGGAACUAGACACCACAGUGGAGGAUGACAUGCCCACAAUUCCAGUGGAAAAUGAUCACAGGGGAAAUGCAGCAAGAAGUAAACUGAUUACAAACUAUUUCUCAGGUAAUAAACCACCGUAACAUGUUUUUAAUUUUCCAAACAUCAUCAGAAAAGAUCACAAACUUGCAUUAUUAAGUUGAAGAGACAGACAUGCUGUAAAAUGAAUUAUUUGGGCUGAUCUUGUUUAUCAAUGUCAAAUCUUAACCAAUGAUGUUUUUUUUCUCAU